AUGUACAAACUCAACAGCACAGUCUUCAUGCCCUCGGUGCUAACACUGAUUGGCAUCCCUGGCUUGGAGUCUGUGCAGUGCUGGAUUGGGAUUCCUUUCUGUGCUGUGUACAUCUUUGCUCUGUUUGGGAAUUCCAUGCUCCUAGUCAUCAUCAAAUCUGACCCUAGCCUUCAUGAGCCCAUGUAUCUCUUCCUGGCAAUGCUUGGAGUGACAGACAUUGCUCUCAGUACUUGCAUUUUACCAAAAAUGCUGGGAAUAUUCUGGUUUCGUAUGCCAAAAAUUUACUUUGAUGCCUGUCUCUUUCAGAUGUGGCUUAUUCAUACCUUACAGUGUAUUGAGUCAGGUAUUCUGCUGGCCAUGGCCCUGGACCGCUACGUGGCAAUCUGUCAUCCUCUGAGACAUGCAACUAUUUUUACCCACCGACUUCUCACUCAGAUUGGGGUUGGAGUGACACUCAGAGCAACUCUCCUUUCAGCUCCAUGUCUCAUCCUCAUCAAAUGCCGGCUGAAAUAUUAUCGAACCACUGUGGUCUCCCAUUCAUACUGUGAGCACAUGGCCAUCGUGAAAUUGGCAGCAGAAGAUGUUCGAAUCAACAAGAUCUACGGCCUGUUUGUGGCUUUCAGUAUACUUGGAUUUGACAUAAUCUUCAUCAUCCUCUCCUACAUCCGAAUAUUUAUAACUGUCUUCAGUCUACCUCAAAAGGAAGCUAGGCUCAGAGCCUUUAACACCUGCAUUGCCCACAUCUGUGUCUUCCUUGAGUUUUAUCUCCUAGGCUUCUUCUCCUUCAUUACACACAGGUUUGGGUUCCACAUUCCGCCGUAUGUUCACAUUCUUCUGUCCAACCUUUACCUGCUUGUCCCACCUUUGCUCAAUCCUAUCGUAUAUGGUGUGAAGACCAAACAGAUUCGAGAUCGAGUGUCCAAGAUUUUCCACUCUAAGGAUCUUUCUUGA